GGGCGGAGAGGCCAAGGGAUUGAGGCAGUGCCCUCUGGGUGUCCCCGCCCGCUUCGGUUUCCGGGCGCCCUUCACCAUGGACUUGAGCGGAGUUGGAAUGGACCACUGCAGGCACCCGCGGUUGGCUGUCGGGCCCCGGGACUCGGCAGGUGUGCGCGCGCGGAUGGCGAGGUAGGAUGGCCACGCAGCGCGAUCCCCGCGGUCCCCACGCAGCGGUCCCCGGGCGGUGCCUCUGACUCUCGGAGCGCACAGGGGUGUGGGCGGAGGCCGCUCAGCCGCGCCCGCGCCUUCGCCAGUUGCUUCGCCUCUUCCACCCACUCGCACCUGCCGCCGCGCGGAUACCAUGUCGAAGGCGGCUGGAGGCGCGGCGCCGGCGGCGGAAAGUUGUCCCUCGGUUCCAGCCGGUGUGUCGCCAGCCCCGGGCGUGGAGGAUCUGUCCAAAGUGACAGACGAAGAGCUGCUGCAGUGGAGCAAGGAGGAGCUGAUCCGCAGCCUGCGGCGUGCUGAGGCGGAGAAGGUGAGCGCGAUGCUGGACCACAGCAACCUCAUUCGCGAGGUCAACCGCCGCCUGCAGCUCCAUCUCGGCGAGAUCCGAGGGCUCAAGGAUAUUAACCAGAAACUCCAGGAGGACAACCAGGAACUGAGGGACCUGUGCUGCUUCCUGGAUGAUGACCGGCAGAAAGGCAAAAGGGUGUCCCGGGAGUGGCAGAGACUGGGUCGCUACACAGCUGGAGUGAUGCACAAGGAAGUGGCCUUAUACCUGCAGAAGCUGAAGGAGCUAGAGGUGAAGCAGGAGGAGGUGGUGAAGGAGAACAUGGAGCUUAAAGAGCUCUGUGUGCUGCUGGACGAGGAGAAGGGCACGGGAUGUGCAGGCAGCCGCUGCUCCAUCGACAGCCAGGCCAGCCUGUGCCAGCUGGUGGCCUCUGCUGCACCCUAUGUACGGGAUGUGGGUGAUGGCAGCAGCACCUCCAGCACUGGCAGCACCGACAGUCCUGACCACCACAAACACCAUGCCAGUGGGGGCAGCCCUGAGCAUCUACAGAAGCCCCGGAGCGAGGGCAGCCCAGAGCACACCAAACACAGGAGCACUAGCCCUGAGCAUCUACAAAAACCCAGGGCUUCCGGGACCCCAGAUCACCCCAAAGCACUGAAAGGACCUAGCCCUGAGCACCACAAGCCCUUGUGCAAAGGCAGCCCAGAGCAGCAGAGGCACCCACAUCCAGGGAGCAGCCCGGAAAUGCUGCCCAAGCAUGUGUUGAGUGGGAGCCCUGAACAUUUCCAGAAGCACAGACCAGGGGGCAGCCCGGAACAUGCCAGGCACAGUGGAGGGAGCCCCGAGCAUCUCCAGAAACAUGCCCUUGGAGGGAGCAUGGAGCACCUUCCCAGAGCCAGAGGAACAAGUCCAGAGCACCUCAAACAACAUUAUGGGGGCAGUCCUGAUCACAAACAUGUAGGUGGCGGUGGAGGCAGCGGCGGGGGCAGCAGGGAGGGCACUCUCCGACGGCCAGCUCAAGAGGACUCAGCAUCCCAUCCCCGGAAUGUCUACAGUGGCAUGAACGAAUCCACCUUGUCCUAUGUUAGGCAGCUGGAGGCCAGAGUCAGACAGCUGGAAGAAGAGAAUCGCAUGCUGCCCCAGGCCACCCAGAAUAGAAGUCAACCUCCAACUAGAAACAGCUCAAAUAUGGAGAAAGGCUGGGGGCCCAGAGCCCGGCGGGUCUUGCAGUGGUGGCAAGGGUGCCGUGGAAUAGGACGAUGCCUGCCCUCUCUCCCGGGCUCUUUUAGGGUGUCAUCAGGUGCUGAAGGGAGUAACAGUUCACCCAACUCUCCAGCUAGCUUCAGUGGACAUACCACAUCUUCUCAGCAGCCUGAACCUGUGGUACAUUCUCUUAAGGUCUUGGAUGUUCAGGAAACUAUAGACCGUCAACAGGGUAAAGAGUAUGACCAUGACCUUAGUGAGACAGAAAAAGCUAUAGUCAGAGAAAUGUGCAAUGUUGUGUGGAGGAAACUUGGAGAUGCUGCAGGCUCCUGUCCUGGAAUUAGGCAACAUUUGUCAGGAAACCAGUACAAAGGGCCCAUGUGAGAAGCACUUCCUUCAAACAUGAAAUCAUCACUACCAGAAAAUAAAGAAAAGAAGAAAAAGAAAAAAAAACACGUUGAUUCCUACAAAAUGGGACUCAUGGCAUCCCAUGGAGUGAUUGUACAUUGCACAUAUCUCCCCUCUAAACCCUUCAGUGCAACUUCCCUCAUAAAGCUAAUACGUGCUAUGCUCCUCACUUUAGUGUUCACAGCAGUCUCAAGGUAGCUUCAGAAAACUAUUGUUUUCAUAUCAAUAUUUUCAUGACAACUGAAAUGUUUUCAACUCUCCACAUCUAUGAUUGACACAUUGGGUAGUCUGCAUGGUUGGAUGAGUCCAGUAGCGCCUCCAUGGCUUUGAUAGAGGUGGUUUAUUGUAUCUAAUAGUGGGGGAAUUUUCUUCUGUGUGGAAGAGGUAUUUUCCAGCAUACAAGACUGGGUUGGGAAGCUCCCUCUUGUAUUUCGAUUGAGGAAAGAUUGCUCCCUAAUGCAUAAUUAGUUAGAUGCAAGAUAAUAUUUGAUUUCUGUUUUGAACUCCGAGGUGCUAAAAUAUCACAAAUUAUUUUACCAGCUAGAAAGAUAGUAGGAAUUUUAGAGUGCUUAUCAGAGAGUACCAUUUUUUUUUUCAACUGGUCAGAAUAGGUAUUCUAAUUUUGAUGGGUUGUUUAUAAAGGCAGGUCUUUGGGACACACCACCCUCCAUAUAUAUUCAGCAUACCAAUGUCAACUAACAAGGAAAUAAACGUAAUUUUUCUAAGUGUUUCGAGCUGUGAGAUUGUCUAUUUCUACAAUUUAGUUUCUAGACAUGCUGUAUAUUUAAUAAACUUUAUGUAAAAUUUAAAAUAUUGCACUGAACUUAUGAUACAAAAGCUUUCUUUGCCUAUUUAUUGCAGCUAUCUAGUGUUUUAUGAAAUUAACGCAUGUCCAUUAUUGAGGCUAAAAGCUCCUGUUCAGAUCGCUUGAGCUGUGCUAGCGUUGCUUAGUUUUCUUAUUUUUGGUAUACAUAUAUAAUAUUAGAAUGUGUGUACUGGAAAUGCUGUGAUAGAUAUUUUGUGUUUAUCUAAACGCAAUGAUAGUUUCUUGUAUGAAUGUGCAAGAGGCCUGUGACAGAAUGCUGUUUUUACUAUAGUUUAAGAUUAUAAAAGGAGGGGUACAACACUUCCUGGGUGUCUUCCGGACUUAAGAUUUGAUUCAGUCAAAAUUCUUUCUUAUUUUUUAGAUGGUCUUACUGUAUACCAUAUUAAUGGUUGUUGGCAGGGGGAUGAGAAAGAAUUUUGUUGUAGUAAAAAAGUAUAAUUAUGAUUUUAAAAACUGCCCUCUGAAAUACUUUUCUAAAAUAUUUUUCUGAAAAUACUUAACAAAUUCAUUUACUAUAGAAGGAUAUUUCCAUUUACGAUAAUGAUUAUAAUUUAAGACUCUUCCUUUAAAAUGUUAUUUGUUUAGUGUCUAAGAGAAAAUUGUUUGCUCUGUGUACACCUUCCCUCAUAGAGGCACCCCUUGGUUGUUGUCCUCCUACAAUCGGAAGAUAUUUAAACAAGUUUUGUGCUUGCAGCGGAGCCUGCAGUAGCAGAUACAAAGGACACUGGUCUUUUGACAAAAUACUUCUGUAAAUUUUGAUACUGUAUUAAAACUAUUUUUUUAAAGUUCCACAUAAAAUUGAGUAUUAAGUAUAUGUGUUCAUCUUAGCAACAGUAAUAAAUUAUUUAAUCUCACA